AUUCUUCCAGGAAGUAGAAUCGGAGAUGUGUCAGAGCUGUUACCUCGGCUAGUGUGGCUAAGUUCAGUGAAUGAAGAAGAGGGCGUCCUACACAUCAGACAGACAUGGUUUAGAGGAGCACAAAACAAACAAACAAACAGACAGACGCAAUGCCACGAAUAUAACAAAGACCUGUCACCUUUCAAGCAGCAAGGAGUUAAUUCAUUCUCCUCACUGCCGAGGUUUGACCACAACACUGUGACAUCCCAUUUUCAGACUUUGGAUCAAGUCUUUAUCGGAGGCUAACGUAAACAUCAGUAAUCAGUUGCUGCAGGGCUUUGGGCACCAGGAGGAGUAUUUAGAAUAAUCAUGAAUCCCCACGAGUCAGAUGUGCACACCAUCUACCCAGAGCUGCCAGCAAUGUUUGACGGCAUGAAGCUGGCGGCAGUGGCCACGGUGCUCUACAUCGCUGUCCGCUGCUUGAACCUCAAGAGCCCCACAGCACCACCGGACCUCACCUACCAGGACACUCCUCUCAACCGCUUCCUGCUCAAGUCCUGUCCUCAGCUGACCAAAGAGUACAUUCCUCCACUUCUGUGGGGCAAGAGCGGUCAUCUCCAGACGGCUCUGUAUGGUAAACUCGGUCGGGUGAGUUCACCUCACCCAAGUGGGGUCAGGAAGUACUUACCCAUGCAGGACGGGGCUACUGCGACCUUUGACCUAUUUGAGCCAGUUGGGGACCAUCGAACAGGAGAUGACAUCACCAUGGUGAUAUGCCCUGGAAUUGGUAACCAUAGUGAGAAGCAUUACGUUCGGACCUUUGUGGAUUACGCCCAGAAAGACGGAUACCGUUGUGCUGUGCUGAAUCACCUGGGAGCUCUUCCGAACAUUGAGCUGACCUCACCACGCAUGUUUACCUACGGUUGCACAUGGGAGUUUGCAUCUAUGGUCGGCUACAUUAAGAGGACGUAUCCUCAGACCCAGCUGGUUGUGGUGGGCUUCAGUCUGGGCGGAAACAUCGUGUGCAAGUUUCUGGGAGAGAACAGGACAAACCAGGAGCGAGUGCUGUGUUGUGUCAGCGUCUGUCAGGGGUACAGCGCUCUCAGGGCCCAGGAAACAUUCCUACAGUGGGACCAAUUCAGACGCUUUUAUAAUUUUCUCAUGGCCGACAACAUGAAGAAAAUCAUCCUCUCACACAGGCACAGCUUGUUUGGGGGAGGCUCAGUGAAAACGAUGGAUGCAGACCUCGGUCGACUGUGGAUAGCGACGUCCCUCAUGCAGAUCGAUGAAAGCAUCAUGAGAAAAUUCCACGGCCACAGCUCUCUCAAAGAGUACUAUGAGAAGGAGAGUUGUGUACAUUAUAUCCACAAUGUAAAUGUGCCAUUGCUGCUAGUGAACUCAGCAGAUGAUCCUCUGGUUCAUGAUUCACUGCUCACCAUCCCUCGCACACUAGCAGCAAAGAAGCCGAAUGUGAUCUUUUCCCUGACGUUACACGGAGGCCACCUGGGUUUCUUCGAGGGCGCGGUGCUCUUCCCCCAGCCCCUCACCUGGAUGGACAAAGUGAUUGUGGGUUACGCCAACACCAUAUGCCAGUGGGAGAAACAGAAACCACCGUGCCAAAGUGGUCCACUGAGUGAGAGCUCCUGCACAGAGGGAAAAGCAUAAACCUCUUUCUUUCACACCUUCUCUCCCCUCUCACCCUCUCCAGCCCUUCUGUCCCAGCACGGAGGAGACAUCUGAACUAAACCUUAAACUCUCUUCUCUGCCUUCUCCUCUGGUGCCACCCAAAUUUCCAAAACACACUGACACACACACACACUUCUCCAUGCCUUCUCCACAGACACCCAAUAUUCACUGUCACCUUACAGUAUAUGAAGGAACAAAAACAACUAACUGCCUUUGUGCCCUUCUCCAUCAGGGAGACUCUGAAUUCAAAACAGGAGCAUUUUGUUCUCUGCGUGUACACAACAAUGAUCCUUGGCUAAUGGAGGUGUUGACCAAAUAUGACAAACAUUAAGUCAAGCUGGCAUUGAAAGUGAGAGCACCACUUUAGAGUAGUCCAGUGAAAAAAAGAGCACACGAGAAGCCUCCUCUAACUGUAAUCAAGGACUGUGCUGCAGCUGGUGCCUACUUACUGCACCUGUAAGAAGCUCACUGCUUAUCACCGCCAAGGCCAUGUAGCCUAGUCUGCUGUCUUAACCAACACAGCGUCUUUGUACUUUCAAUGUGUGUGUGUAACUCCCAGAUGUAGUGUGUAUGUGUCUGUGUGCGCCUGUGUAGACGGAGAGUUAAAGACCCGUGACGGAGCAUGUGAUUUUGUGUUUGGUAGGUGUGAUCUAAAUUCUCUGUCGGUGGUCUGUUGGCCCCUUUAUGUCUGUUCUUUUGAGUGAGAUGUUGCUCUGUUGUUUUAUAGAAAAUGUAUAGUAGAGAUAUUAAGUAUUACAGUGGGAUUUUAAACAUUAUAUCCGCCUCAUAACAUCCUCCCGGCACUUGUGUUUGGCGCUUGGAAUGAAAGCAUACCAAACAUGAGCAGGGAUCAUCCCCAGAGGGAAACAUGCACAUUCCCACAGUCGCAUUCUAUCACUUUGAUUCAAUGCACUUUACACACUGUAUGACACAUCUUUUUCCUCUUUUGUUUCCUCAUUAUUCAAAGCCCAGACAUGGAGACUAUUGACAGUUUAGCUUGAUAGUGAAUAUUAGGAGGGAGCAAGGAUGAUGACGAAAAGUUAGAUGACUCGAAUGUUCCCUGUGUUGUCCUUUGUCCUUGUCUUUGAGUCCUCUUACUCUCUCAUCGCCUUUGAUCAGCUGCAGGUCCGGCCAUGACUCUGAUCUGCUUCCCAUACUGCACAGGCUCCAACCUGCUAUGAGUUAGCCCCUGAGUGAUCGAGUGCCAGCCUCUGCUGCUGCUCCAGGGCUAGCACACAAACCCAAAAGUACCUCACUAGGUGUUAACAUCUCAGUAUUCUUUUAGAGUUUUCCUCUAGAUGAUUCUGUGGUGGUUCUUUGAUCAUGAUGCAGCUGGUUGAUUGGCUAAUGUGGAGCUGUUAUGAGAGGGGGUUUUGCCUCAUAAGGCAGAUUUUUCUCAUAAUCUGAGCUGUGAGGUGUGAUGAGUAGGAGGGCUAAGGAUACUAAUGCUAAACCAAAUGUUUAUUUGAGUUGAUUGUUCAUAAAAUACUGGUGAUUGUUAUAUUGUUUCAUAAGAUGGAGAGCAUUGCAUGCAAGAGAGAUGAGACAGAUUUUAAUGCAAGGGAAUCUUUUGUUUCAAAGACGGCAUUUCUUGUUUUUCUUGUCAGGGCUGAGCUGAGCGUCAAAGCUGUUGCAGCACAGCAGGGUGCACUUGAACACUGCAGUGAAAUUUUGAAAUCCAUCUCAAGUGUGUUUUGAAGGAAUCAUACUGCAAUAAUGGGACCUUUAGACUUCUCACAACCUGAAUCUAUUAGAGAACUUUGAUGUAAGGGCUUAGGAAGCUUCUUCCAGUCCAGCCAAGUAAUCUGUAUUCUGAAACACUGUGACGAGACAGAUGGUGAAAGGAUACCUGUUAAAUGACAACAGCUUAUGUUGUGAGGCUUCAGGGCCUUUAUAACACCUGGGUUUGAUAUCCUUUCAAGUAGCAGAGAGUUGUAGAAGGUCUAGCAAAUUAAGACAAGUCAUAUAUGGAACUCUUGAAAGUGUGCAGAAUAUUAAAUACUGUAGACCAAAAACUCAUAUCUGGACUAAAGCAUUUUUAACUCUGAAAGAAGGCACUGAGUCAAUGUGGCUGAAGGAUAACAUUCAUUGUUAACAUUAAGUUCAUUCUAAGCCUCACAAAUAGUUCUGGUUAAAAUAUGAGUAAAUGAAAUGCUGCAGAAAAUAUUAAAACAGAUUAAUUUAUUUUUUAAGAUGUGGAAAAGCUCAUGAUUCGGUCCCAGAGCUUCUCUAAUUUGCUUCUGGACUUUACUCCUGCUAAGAUAACUGAUAAUGGUAACAGAUCCUCUUAUUUAUUAAGCUUAAACUAGCAAACGUUCGACGAUUUUGUUCAACUACGUACCUAAAUGAUGAAUCCGUUAUCAAAAUUAAUUUGGCAACUUACUUUCUUUUGAUUGUCUUGUCGAUUAAAAAGCUAGUCAUUUCAGCUCCAGCUGUCGUAGAGACUCCUAUCCUUUGUAGAAAUUAAUUUUCUAGCACUCUGUCUCAAGGAUGAGUUUACUACCACGGUGUGAGGAGAUCUUUUGUGUUUUUUAAACUUCACUUUAACCUUUAGUGGAGGCUAUUCUGUGAAAAUACAAUGAAGUCCAGGUAUUAUUCACACCAUGCCUUCUUGGCUGUAAUUAAAAAAGGGAUUUACCGAUUCAGCUUCAUCCCUUUAUACUAAGAGAAUUUACUGAUCCAACACCAGUGCAAUCAUUGUCCUCUAAAAUGAAACCUUUACAACUCCCUGUAUUAAACUCAUGGAAAUCCUUUCAUGAGACCCUCUUGUAAAGUCAGCAGCCUGAUAUGACAGAUUGAAGGUGUUAAAACUAUAUUUCAUUUUGGCAUUGACAAUAAAACAGAAUUUAUUUUAUGUAGACAUAAAAUAAUCAAUGCAAAAUCAACUUAAAGGCUGUUUGUCAUCAUUUGAACCUCAAAUCACUGUCGCCAUCUGUUGUCAAGAAGAACAAACUGCAACUGCCGGUCAAUCACAGCACACAUCUUUUACCUGCACUGAGACUAGCCAGCUCAUGGUUCAUCCACAGCUCUAAUCACAGGCAAAUCAACUGAUAUAGAUUUAUUCUGCUUUGGGAAAAAUCUGCUGAACACUGAAAACAGCAGCACAAACCUGGUGUCUGCAAUGAGAGCCAUUUGUCGUCUUUUUAUGUUUUUUGCCUCAUCCUAACUUUGCACACAACUGCAGGUUUAGAUGUUUUGUAUGUAUGUAUGUAUGUAUGUAUGUAUGUAUGGAUGUAUGUAUGUAUGUAUGUAUGUAUUCUUUUUCUAGCUGAUUAUUCUGGGUAUUUUUAUUUUUAUUUUUAUUUUAUAUUAUUAUGACUUUUUUGUGUUAUUUAAUUGUGCAAAUGCAUCAGAGUGUGAGUGUUGACAAGUAAACAUACUAUAAGUUUCAUACUGUGUCAUGUUACCACUUCUGAUUGACAGGAACCAAAACUUCUUCACUUUAACAAUGAAAAAAGCGAAAAUAAAUAUAUAAAGAAAGUGUAUAUUUAAAUAUUUGAGGGAACGGAUGUUUAAAAAAAAAAAGGCAAUAACUAACCAGGAGGGAUUUUCUUGUCAUAUUAAUGCUUAUGUGUUAGAAAAUAGUGUCGGAUGACAUAAGACCAAAUCAUGUCACAUACACUGAGAUCAUGUUUUCAUGGAGUGAGGGAUCUGAGAUGUUGUUACUGUGUUGAUAUGCUCCACUGAACUUAUCCUAACCGCAGUGCUUCAAACAUCUUGUGUUUUAAGGCUGUGGGCUCAUGUUUUAUUGUUUUGAAGCUGAAUAAUAAAUAUUAACCUUUCCAGUAACUUUGGUUAUAAAAUUAAUCCAAAAAGCUUGUACUGGGAUGAACAUUGCACAAUGUUUUCCUCUAAAGCAACUUAUCAUUAACUAUUGUCUCAGCCCAAAAAAGUGGUUCAGGGCUCACAGUAUGUUUUUAUUAUACAGCUUUAGAUUUCUGUUUAACAUUUUGACGACAGUUAAACGAUCUGGCGGCAACUAGAAAGGACACACAAAGUCACACAACAUGAUGUAAUCUGUUAUUAAACACUGGGUGUUUUUGUUGAGGAGAACCAAUGGUGUGUGUGAUCUACUAAUGUGAGGAAAUAUGAUUAUUGUGUCCCAAAAUAAAUUAUUUUCUCAAAUGAAAAA